AUCUAAUGAACAAGACUUGCUCAAUUAUUUGUAGUACUCACUAUGUUUUUUUUACGCGUGUACUCACUAUGUUCAUAUAUGAAGCAAAUCGGUUAAGACUUUUGAGCUUACUAUGCAAGGCCAAAGUAAUUAUUUACUCAUAUUGUGAAGCCACUAGGCAACAGCACCCACUUUGGGCAUUCUAUCUCAAAAUAGUAACACGGUAUUAGCUGUCCCACAAUCAACCGGAGUAUAUUUUGUAAAAUUUAACUGUACUAACCACCCAAUAUCAGACUAUGAAUCAUGGGUAACAUGCUUAAGCUCAAGUCUUCUUUUCUUAACAAUAAGAUCUAAGUAUGUCUGUAAAUUAAGCUCAACUCUUUCAGGGAAGUUAUUUCAAGACUUGGAUUGAUAAGAACAAGUCAUUUGAAGACUAGCCUGCAAUAACGCAAGUUAACAGCUAAUUAACUGGACUUCCAGUCACAGAUGGCAUAGUCAUGGAAGAGAAAGGUUAGAUAUUUAGCAAACCAAACCAUAUGAAUAACUGCAGCGAAGAAAAUGCAAAAGAUGCCAGUAAAUACACUUCCUAGACUGAACAUCACCUUAGAUAUUUGCAGAUCUAUAUGGUCCCACUGAAACUAUCUAGUGACUUGGCAGGGUGCUUUAGAACUUUUCUCAUGUAUUUUCCACUUCCUACUGCUCGCUGAGGUUCCAAAAGGUAGAACAGCUAAGGGGAAUGCCAACGAAUGGCACAAAACCUCAGACUUUGGAAUCCAAGAAACCCUUCCCUCUUUUCUCUUUUGCAAAAGAUAUGCACAAAGAGAGCAAGGAGCAUCUCCCACCCUUUGCCUGCUUUUGUUAUACCGCAUUGCCUUCUAAUUCUCCUAUCUUUUGGUUUAUUCCAGUAAUCUAGUUCAAGAAACAGGCAGUUCUUUUUAUACGAAAUCUGUAUGAUUUACUUCAGAAAAUUCUUAGUUUGCCUGUAAUUAUGAAUUCAUUAUGAAAAGAUGAAUACACAUAUUCAUCCUUAAAGUGGAAACUAGCUAAAAUUCAACAUGAAGUGUAACCCCUUAUACAUAGUAAGUCUCCAAACUGGGUUUCUCAAAUGUUUUGAUUCUUGUUCAAUUAGAUGGUUCCAACUUAUGUGAAAGUUGUUACUCUUUUAUUCUCUAGGUGUGCCGAAUUCAAACAAAUGAUUGGAAGAAAACGAUGCAGCUUAUAAGCAACAUCCACGUGCAACCACAAGAUGCACACGCGGCAUUCCUUGCCUCCACAAAUGACACCACUUUUCGCUCACUGGAUUCCACUGCCACCCUCCUAUUAGUACUCCACACUGAAAUUCCACUGAUUGCUUCCACUCACUCCCAAGUAAGUUCAAGAAAAGGAUCAAAAGCCACGAUCUUUGGUAAGACCUCUCCACCUACAAGUUCCAAGAUUUAUAUGUUCAUGAAUUGCAAUUUCAACAGCGACCUUUUGGAGAAGGAAGCUGGAAGGACAAGUUUUCCAUGGGCCAGGCCAUGCGACGGAUGCCAUGCAGCACCAAGCGCAGUAUACUGCUGUGCUGAUGCUGCAUAUCUCUGUUCAUCUUGUGACACACAGGUUCAUUCUGCUAACCGUGUGGCAUCACGCCAUGAGCGUGUGCGUGUCUGCGAAACCUGUGAGAGCACACCAGCGGUGCUGGCAUGUCAUGCAGAUGCAGCAGCACUAUGUACCGCCUGUGAUGCACAGGUGCACUCUGCCAACCCAAUUGCUCAAAGGCACCAACGAGUGCCUGUGCUGCCACUCCCAGCUGUUGCCAUUCCAGCUGCCUCUGGCUUUGCGGAGGCAGAAGCUUCUGUCACUGCCCAUGGCGAUAAGGAAGGGGGAGAGGAAGUGGACUCUUGGCUCCUCAGAAGAAAUUCUGAUGAUAACAAUUGUGCCAACAAGAUAGAUCGAUACUUCAAUCUUGUCGGAUACAAUAUGUAUUACGACAACAUCACUUGUGACCCAAGACCACAAGAACAAUACAGAAUGCAAGAACAGCAGCAUGUGCAGAACAGGUACAGAGAGAAGGAAGGGUGUGAGUGUGUAGUACCUCCACAAGUCGUCAUGGCAAGUGAGCAGCAAGGGAGCAAUUAUGGAACUAUAGGAGCAGGGCAGGCUGCCUCCGUUACUGCUAUGGCCAGUACCUACACAGCUUCCAUCAGCAAUGACAUAUCUUUCUCAUCAAUGGAGGUGGGUAUAGUACCGGACAACACCAGACCAAAUAUAUCAAACAGAAACAUCCUGACUAGCAGUGAAGCCAUCGAGCUCUCAGGCCAUUCACUUCAGAUGCCAGUGCACUUCAGCUCCAUGGACAGAGAGGCCAGGGUCCUCAGGUACAAGGAGAAGAAGCAGGCAAGGAAGUUUCAGAAAACCAUAAGGUAUGCAACAAGGAAAGCAUAUGCAGAAGCACGGCCACGGAUCAAGGGUCGAUUCGCUAAAAGAUCAGAUAUAGAGCAUGAGGAGAACCACAUGCUGUCACCACCAGCCCUACCAGAUACUAGUAGUUAUAAUACUGUUCCAUGGUUCUGACGUAAUGAGAUAACAAAAAAUGUGUUGACAGACACAUGGAAUGAUGGGCACCGUAAUCAUAUGGUUCAGUGCAAGUGUCCAAAAUCUCUUGUAAAUCAUUUCAGUUUGCUCUGAGACCAUAUGAAUACAAAUUAUUGUGUAGUCUGCCGUAAAUUUGAAGUGUGGCAUAAGAGAAAACAUCUAUCAACAAUUCCAGUAUUUCACACGAUUAUCAACAGUAGCAACAAGGGUUGGGACUUCUACUGUUAGUAUCAUUUUUUACAUGUCAAGAUGAACAACUCUGUUUUGUGUUGGAUAAACAUGGAGCAUAAUAGUUAUAAAUAAUAUAACAUAUUGUGAACCACAUAGUCCUAAUAUCAGUGAUCUGUAAGGACAGAAAAUAAGAAACAUCAUGGCUUAACAUGAACAGACAUAGAUAACAAUAAAUCAUGGAUACACACUUCUUGGGGAAUAAUUACUACUAUGGGCUACUGAUAUGUGCAGGUUCAGACAAAAUUUUGAUAACGGUUUACGACAUCAGUUUCGAAACAAGCAAAGACACCAGAAUGAGAUUUCUUGGCCAGUGCAGUAUGGAUUAUUAAAUCCUUCUCUGAGAAAGGGGCAAAAUUGCACUACACUCCGUUGCUAUGUCAAAUAAAAGCAGG